AUGGAGGCACCAAAGAAAGCUCCAGCACCCAAGAAGGGCUUCAAGAAGGCGAUGACCAAGGUCCCCGGCAAGAAGAGGAAGAGCCGCAAGGAAGUCUUCUCUAUCAACGUGUACAAGGUGCUGAAGCAUUUGCAACCCGACAUCAGCAUCUCCACCAAGGCCAUGGCCAUCAUGAACUCCUUCGUGAUGGACAUCUUCGAGCGUAUAGCCGGGGAGGCCUCCCGCCUGGCUCUCUACAACAAGCGCUCCACCAUCACCUCCCGGGACAUCCAAACCGCCGUCCGCCUGCUGCUGCCCGGGGGGCUGGCCAGGUACGCCAUGUCCGAGGGCACCAAGGCCGUGACCAAGUACAACAGCUCCAAGUGAACUGCGGGGACCCGCUUCCACCCAACGGCUCUUUUAAGAGCCACCCACCGGCUGGAGACAAACGGUCCUGAUGCUUCCAUGUUCACACUCACCUGCUCCGUCCUCCAGUUCCCAUGAAGCUGAUCAGAGCCAGGUGGAGGGUUUAGAUCCCAUGGGUCACAUGUUUCAUAUGAGACUCAUUAUGCAUCAAUAUGAGCUAAAACACCAGAUUACAAACAGCUUCUGAUCUAAACCUCAAACUAGAUCCCAACUGUUUGUUUUACAGCAGCUUCAUCUGACACGUGUCAAUGAUUGACGAGGUGCAGAGGAAGUGACUGUGAUAACACUGGACUGAUGUUACUCAUGUAGAUGCUUCAUACAAUAAUAAUGAACUGGGAUGGAUUCAUAAUUAUAUUUGAUCUGUCAGCUCCACUUCCUUCCACUGUCCAGAAACUAAGAGCUGAACAGAAACCAUCUCUGAGAGGAACUCAUUUAACUACUGAACACAACUGCACAUACAUU